AGACAGAAGUCAUGUCCAAAGUGUGAACAGCUCUCACAUGUCAGAAGGUCAGUGUGACUCUGAUGUUAAAAAAAAAUCCAAGAUAAAAAAUUUGGUUAAAAAAUACAAACAAUCCGCAAAAGAAAAGAGACGUUCCCCUACAGGGUCUGGUAAAAGAACAAGAAUUCCACAUGAUGUAUCUGUCCACAUGAGAACUAAGUCUGCUGAACAACCUUAUGCCUGUAAAGAAUGUGACAAAAGUUUUGGUUAUGCAUAUAAACUUAAGAGACACAUGAUAACUCACACAGGAGAGAAGCCUUUCUCGUGUAAAGAGUGUGACAGAAGUUUUAGUCGAAUAUCUACUCUCAAAUUACACAUGAGACAUCACACAGGAGAAAAGCCUUUUUUGUGUAAAGAAUGUGAUAAAGGUUUUAGUCAUAUGGGUAAUCUCAAAACACACAUGCGAACUCAUACAGGAGAAAAGCCUUUUUCGUGUAAAGAAUGUGACAGAAGUUUUAGUUGCUCAUCUAAUCUCAAAAAACACAUGACAAUCCAUACAGGAGAGAAGCCUUUUUCGUGUAAACAAUGUAAUAAAUGUUUUAGUCAAACAUAUGAACUCCAAAAACACAUAAGCACUCAUACAGGGGAAAAGCGUUUUUUGUGUAAAGAAUGUGACAAAGGUUUUAAUCGAAAAUUUGACCUAAAAAAACACAUGAGAACUCAUACAGGAGAAAAGCCUUUUUUGUGUAAAGAAUGUGAUAAAAGUUUUAGUGAUAAAUCUCAUCUCAUAACACACACGAGACUUCAUGCAGGAGAAAAGCCUUUUUUGUGUAAAGAAUGUGACAAAAGUUUCAGUCUAAUAUCUUAUCUCAAAAAACACAUUAGAAUGCAUACAGGAGAAAAGCCUUUUUUGUGUAAAGAAUGUGACAAAAGUUUUAGUGAUAAAUCUGGUCUCAGAACACACAUGAGAAUUCAUACAGGAGAGAAGCCUUUUUUGUGUAAACAAUGUGACAGAAGUUUUCGUGAUAGAUCUAAUCUCAAAGGACACAUGAUAACUCAUACACGAGAGAAGCCUUUUACCUGUAAAGAAUGUGAUGCACGUUUUAGUCGCAUAUCUUAUUUCAAAACACACAUGAGAACUCAUUCAGGAGAGAAGCCUUUUCUGUGUAAAGAAUGUGAUAAAAGUUUUAGUCUAAUAUCUUAUCUUAAAAAACACAUGAGAACUCAUACAAGAGAAAAGCCUUUUUUCAAAAAUCAGUGAAACUCACAGCAGAGGACUCAUGCAGACACAAGUAGUUUAACUACAAAUUGUAAUAUUGUGAAAAAAAAUAUUAUUUUAAGGGCAAUUUAAAAUAAAAUAUUAAAAAAAUAAUAUGGUCCUUGCCAUCAGUACCUGAUGCUGCGGGCCAUAAAAAUGUAUUAUAGGGUUAAGUCCUCACUAUAAACAACCCCAAAUCGGUAUUUUGCUCCAUUCAGGUAUUUCUAAGUAAUUCUCUAAAAACCUGCUGAGCACCAGCCCCUUCUAAUCCACAAAAACAACCGGUUUCUCAAAAGCUGCCAUCACAAAGUGAGGACAUCUCCUGUUAUGCCUCAUUUUGUCUAGAGGUCUGGGCAUAGCAUUAAGGUAAAUUAAACAAAGAUGUGUUACAAAAACACAAGAAGAAUGUCUCCUUAAAAUAGUUACAUUUAUUCACAAGGAAAAUAAAAAUAACUCAAAAGUGAAACCAAAGGCUUCAGAGUGAACCAAAGCCAAAAUAACAAACAAAACCCCAACUAACUCUACCUAGGGAGCUUACCUGCAGAAGAGAAAAGAAAAGGAUGAAAAACACUGACCUCACUGGACUAACAUAAACAGGAGAAACAUUAUAGUAAAGAAAAUGUCAGUUCACCCCUACAGCUUCACUUAAAUCUAACAUCAAAAUAAGCUACAAAGAGUGGGACUAAACAAAACCCACGACCUCCAGCUCCACACCUGAAAGAAACAAAAUACAGACACACAAACAAAGAUCCACCAAGUACACAGAAGUUCCACUCUGACAGAAAAACACACAAAAAAGAAAAGAAAAACCUAAUACGGCCACUGCCGUAACAGCCCCUUUCAGAAAGCGUCUACACUGUCAGCACUAAACGCCUUCAAAAUUCUUUCAUUUCAGCAUUGACUCUGAGAAGAAAUGGGUUCCUCUUGCACCUAAUCUUCAGAGACAGAUUAGAUCAAUCUGAAUAUAGUUUACUCUGAAAGAGUAAACUAUGACAUGAUAAAGACCUUAAAAUGGUCUGUCAGUUGGUAAAAUGAAGUUGGUUUCCAAAUCACUUCACUGCUGACAAGCUGAGUGGAGUCUGAGUUGAGUCUAAGGCCCAAUCUGAAUUCUUCCCAUCCCCUUCAUUUAGCCCUUCAAACGGAGUGUUGCACGUGGGCCAAGAAGAAGUAGGGAGAAAUCAGGCAAAACAAAGAAACAGCCAACCUAAAACUGUUGCUGCUGGGCAAAUGAAUUUAUUUGGUCACAGAAAAGUCCGAAAGGGCUCCUGACACCAUUUUCAACUCUUCCUUAUAUAAGCAGGACCACUUCCUACAAACAUUUCUGCAGCCAAUCAGAGCACAGGAUUAGAAAAAGAGCACCUGCAAAUAAUGAGAAAGCUUAUACCCUGAAACAAGACAGGAAAAGCAAAAAUGUGAAGAAAAAGAAUAUGCAUUCCAUCAAGAUAACUUAAAUUAAACAUUUACACUUAAACAAUAAUGAAAAACACACAAAAUGCCAAAACGUUCAGCAUCUUCCUCACUCGAAGGCUUAUGAAAAAAUAGUGUCUAAUAUUUCGGACGUGGCUUUCGUUUGAUGAUGUCAUCAAUAAUCGCCGCUCCACUAGCUUUAGCACAGACCUUCCAGCGCUUGAAUACACAUAACAACAGCGGUUUUAUAACUUUAAAAAGUCACGCUACAACAAAAAGUCAUUACUUACAUUUAAAUGCAAACUUUUGUGUUUCAGAGCGCACCCAUGUGAAGGAAAGCGCUUCUCAGCGCAACGCAGUUUAUUCUCGCUAUGGUGGACUUAGGACCCCUCUGGUUGGAGGGUUAAUUAAAAAAUAAUAAUUCCGGACACAAGUUCCACUUAAACUGCCAUUUCAAAUUAAGGGGAAAAGAGAGGGGAAGAAUUUGGAUUUGGCCUAAAAGUCCAAAAAGCUGAUGACCUCCAAACCACAUGGAUGCAGUCAUUCAAUAAAAAGGAGGAACAAGUGAUUAUGGAAUGCAGAGAAAAGAACACUUUUCUGAAAUCUGACAUGCUCUGAAAAAUCCUUUAAUGGUCCUUCUGUUUUAUAAGACUAUUUUUUUUAGGUUUUUAUCAUAUGUAAGCCACUAUGAUCACAUUACUCAAAAUGAAGGAAUGUGUAAAUGAUUCUAUACAUCAUGAGUUUCACUUUUUGUAUUCAUUGAAAAAAGUAUUAAACGUUUUAACUAAGUGUUUUCUUUAGAUACACAUGUAAAUAUGGAUGUGUUGUUUUAAAUUAUGAGCUAUGUAAGAUUAAAAUUAUAGUCAUUUUGAUAAAGUUCAGUUUAUGCUGAUUACAUUUUUAUUAGUAGAUUGUUGUACUUUUUUAUUAUUUAAAGUUGUUCAUUUAAUCAUUUUGUUUUUAGUUUAUGUUGAGACAAUGUUGUGAAUAGCAUAUAUUUAUAUAGCGCUUUUGCUGUGGAGCAAUGUGGUGAUGGCCAGGCCAACUGAAAGCAGAUGUAAGACAUGUGCAUCCAUCUUUGAAGAAGCUUGGAUUAUUUUUAUGGGAGAAACACAGACGUACUGCCACAGACUCUAGGAUGACGUCAUGAAAUGAACUGCAGCCUUGCGCACCAGCAGGCAGAGCUUCAGGAAUCGAGCUGUUUUACUUCCGGAUAUGAACAGACUUACGAAAUAUAACUAAUAUUUCAUAAAUAAUUAAUUUUCUAUUGGUCCAAAGGUAAUAUAUGUUCAUAUAUAUGGAUAUAGUUCACUCUAAAUGGCUAAAGAAAGUAUGGCCCCUUUAAAGAAGAGUCAGAUAAAGAGUGUGACUGGUGUUUGUGUUGUUGUGAUUCCUGUUUUGUAUCAGAGAUUAGAAGUGCUUCUCUGUUCUUUUUAGUUGUCAGUGUUCUGUCUCAAUCUUUCCUGUGAAGAAUAAAGUGGACGUGAACAUCA